AUGAGCGUUUUGAGCAUGACCCACUCAGCACUGCAGGAAACAGCCUUUUCUUCUCUUGCAAAAGAGGGGUCAAAGAUGUCAUCACCUACGAAGUCAAGCUCUGAAAGCCUCUCUUCCCCUCCGGGAACUGCCUGUGAAACACAGCCUGUGCUGCCAGAAAGUUCAGAAGAGGAAGAAGAAGAUUCCAUGAAAAAUCCCUUUACACUCCCUCCAGAUAUUGAUAUUUUCUCAAUAAGGGACAAGGAAAAAGAAAAGGCUAAGGAGGAACGUGAAAGGAGGAAGACCAUGAAAAUAUAUGAGAAAAUGACCUACUCCACUAAGAUAAAUGUAAAGCAAAAGAUGUUCAGGAAAAUGCUCCAGAAAGAGGAAGAAGAAGAAGACAGAAAACAGGCAACAGAAACAGACAGACUGAAAGCUCUUCAGGAUAGCCUUUCGUGGAAGACAGCCCUUAUGAAAGAUCAGCAUUUAGAAAGAGAGAGCUUUCGUGACUAUGUAAACAACAGGAGACAGAUAUUUUUGCUUGAGUAUACCAUGGCAGUAAAGAGGGAUGAGAUUCAGAGGCUGGAGAACUUAGCGAAGACAGAGGAAAGAAAACUGGAAAAGGCCGAAGACCACCUGGAAAAGGAUGCUGUCAUGUUUGAUGAGUUCCUGAAGGAGAACGACAAAAUUUCUGUUCAGGCUCUGAAAAUUGCUGAAAAAGAAACUGCAGCAAAGACAGAGAAAAUAAUGGAGAUCCAAGCGAUUACUUCCCAAAUCAUGAACCUCGAAAGUGACAUAUCCAAAUUUGAGGAUACUUUGCAGGAGUACAAGAGGUACAGGGACUUCCUCUAUCAGCUGUCUCCAAAAGAAUGGCAGGAGGAAUAUGCAAAAAGGCAUGCAAGAGAACAGGAGUUGAGAAAAGCUUCCAAAACUAAAGAAGAAAGUGCCUCUCGUCGUGCUACCAUGGAGAAGGGUAACUAUUUAGAUAUGCAAAGCUCUCUGUCUUCUGGAAGUUCGGAUUUCAGGUUAUUAUGUGAGAUCGGGUCGGAGUUCAAAGACAUUCUGAAGCCUCUAUCAGCAGAUAAAUUAAGUUUAGUGGAGGAACAAGAGAGUGAAAGCUGCUCGGACGAGGAGGAUGAGGAGCUGGAAUUGUAUUUUACUGACCCCCAGCAACUGCUGUCUAUUUUCACGGAGCUGGAGGAACAGAACUUAUCCCUCAUCCAGAAUUCCCAAGAUGUUGAGGAAACUCUGGAUGAGCUCCGACACACUUUAAUCACCACAUGCAACAGGAUGGACCAGGAGAUAGAGCAGCUGAAACAGCUUGCAGCCACUGUCAAAUCCUCCAUUGCCAAAGAGGAGGAGACUGCAGCAGACCUGAAGCUCAGAGUUCGCAUCUUUUCCUUUGGAGAAUACAAAGCUGAUGUCCAGGACAAAAUGCUUGCCAACCUGAACCAGAAGGUGCUGGAAGUCUAUCGCAGCUGCAUCGGAGAAAACGAGGCAAACCUGGGGACCCUGCAGAUGCUAGCGGUGAUAGAAAAACAGCUGGAUGACUUGCUGGAGUGCCUAGAGAGAAUCCCGCCGGCGAAGAUAGAACAGGCCGAGAAAGCUAAAGAGAAAGAACGGAGGAUAAGGCUCAGAGAGGAAAAGAAAAGACAACAGAAGCUGCUACAGGAGGAAAGAUUGCAACGGGCGCUGGCAAGAGCACAGGCAGAUAUAAAGAAAAAGACUGGCAGGAGGCUGGUGUUCCGCUCGCACCCACCGGUCAAGAAGGAGAAGCAAAAGCAGACCCAAGAGCAAAUGGAUGAAGAGAAGCAAGAACAGCUCUAUUAUUUUACUUGAUGGGCACAGCCUUAAUCACAACACGGAGGGCUGGAAAGGUUUUAGAAAACUGUGUUUUGUAUAGGUGCAGUCUGUUAAAGGUCUAAGUCAUCUGCUCUGAUUACCAGUUCACAGCCCCACAAAAUUCCCCAAAAUUCCCCAAAACCCUUGGG